CCAGCACGGCAGCACAAUGUAACGUGCGUCGCCAUCUUAGGGCCGUCACUCGUCACGUGCUCCUUAGUAACCUCCAUUUCUAUAAAUCAGUGUAAAAGCUGCCAAAAUGGCAGAAACAUCUGGCGACAUCCGAAAAUAAGACGUCUGAUUAUGAGUUUUACAUCGCCAGGGCACAAAGCCAUACCCUUUCACCAAGAUCAGAAUCUCCCUCACAAUGCAUCUUUGCAGUUUCAAGGGUUCCUUUACCAAGGGGAGUUGUGCAGAAAGAAUUGUGGAUUCUAUGGUAAUCCAGCAUGGCACGGGUAUUGUUCCAGGUGUUGGAUCCAGCACAGGCAGCAGGCCCGACCUCUCACAGACGGUUUUAGACAUCAAACAGGAAAUCUACAGGUUAAACCUGAUGUGAAUGUGACUACACAGCUGUUGCAUAGAAAAGAUACGCUUCAUGAUGUCACCAAUAACAAUGUCCAAAGUGGGCAAGCUACCUCAAUCCUAUACCAAACUGCAACAGGCUCUGUAUCUCACUUUUCCCGGUCUUGCCUUCUCUCACUGGCUGGAGGAGAUUUUUCACAAUUUCUCAAAGCUCUCCGUAGUCCAGAGGCCCAACCAUUAUUAACUUGCUGCAAUAAUUUCAUUCAAAGGAUGCAGGAGGCUGAGACCAUGACUGUUGAUGAAAAAGCAGAAGAAGUGCAGACCUUCUACCAACAGAUUGUUCUCUACUACCCUGAUCACAUGUCAGAUGAGGGAGACCGGUUGCUGGAUAAUACUGAGAAGCUGGUGAUGACGCGACUUCAUCAGUCUGUAUUUUGUCUGAAUAGCUCACAAGAUGAACAGAAGGAUCUUGCUCUUCAAAAGCGCAUCAAGUCAUUGAGUUGGGUCACACAAAAAAUGCUUCAACUCCCACUAGUAGAGGAAGGUGAAGAAGUGGAGAAUGGGAUCUCUUGUGCCAUAAUUUCACUGAUAGAAAUGGAUUCCAAGAGAGCUCCCCAAGACAAGCUAACCUGCGUGUCUAAAGCUUGUAACUCCCUUUACAAAUCUAUCCAAAUUUCUAAGAAGGAGCCAGCCACAGCUGAUGAUUUACUGUCUUGUCUAGUAUAUAGUACGCUGAAGGCAAACCCACCCCGCCUGUGGUCAAACCUGCAGUACAUCACCAGGUUCUGCAAUCCCAAGAGACUUACCACAGGGGUGUCUGGAUAUUAUUUUACCAACCUUUGUUGUGCAGCGUCUUUCAUCGAGACUCUGGAGGCCUCCUCUCUUGGUCUCACCCGAGAAGAGUUUAAUCGUUUAAUGCAGGGUUCAGAUGGAACAACUUUUAUAUCGAGUAGCAGCAUAAGCACAUUGCAACAAAUUGAGAGAAACAAGGAACUCUUGGGAGAACUGCAGCAGCGACAGGAUAUUCUGUUCCAAAAGGCCACAUGCCUGGGAAAAGAGGUUGAAGCCUGGCCUUUGUCUGUACAGCGAGACAUUCAGGAAAUCAUCCGGAGAUUUCCUCUAGACAGUAAAGCUUCACCAAGAAGUUGUGUAUGAUGUAUCUCCAGGGACGUUUUUUUUUUUUACAAGAUGGCAUGCUAUGCUGCUAUUGAUCUAGUUCAGUCUGGGCUAACCAAUGAAGGAUUUUUCUAAAACAAAAACACUUAUUAAACUAUCUAUUAUUUA